AUGGCUUCGCUUCCUUCCUACCAGGAAGCCGUGUCCAUCGACUGGCUCCGCCUUGUGGCGCCGUACAUCUCGCCUCAUGACUAUGCCGCCCUGUGCCGCGUCAACCGUCGCUUCUGGGACAUGUUUGCCCCACGCUUAUGGAGGGAUGUUGCGCAGUCGGGGAGAGAUGUUGGCGUAGAUUCUGAAGAUGGCAAGUUACGAGCCUGUUGGUGCAGAGCCUCGCCUCGACCUGUUGCUGACGUGACGGUUCUAGGCCUCGGAUGGCUGCUCAACUGUGUCUUUGGCCAACUCGGCCGCAUGAGGCCUGACACGAGGAACCUUGCGAGGGUCUUUGACGUGCGGUUGGCUGGGGGUCUCUAUUCAUUCAACAUGGGAAGGAACCCCAACAAUAGCCUCAGAGAAGCCGUCAAGACCUUGCCAAAUCUGUCCUACUUUCUGAUUGAUGGACGCCAAGAUUUGAACCCGGCUGAGUUUAUGCACACUGAGCGGGAUGUCCUUCUGUUGAGCAUGGCAGACUGUCCGAUCCCGCUUCCCACCAAGUUUGUGUCAUACGAAUGCCUUCGCGGGCUGGUGUACCUUGACAUCUCUGGCACCCCAGGCUCCGUCCGGCCGUUCUUGCAGCGGGACCUGCUGCCGGAGCUGCGAGUGCUGAAAAUCCGGCACAAGGAGGUUGAUGAUGCAGCGUUCGAGGCCCUGACCACCCAGUUUGAGACGCGCCUGUGGAGCCUUGAUCUCGGCAGCAACAAACUGACGGAUCAUGCACUCGAGUUUCUCGGCGCCCGGUGCCUGUAUCCGACUGAUCUGCGCUCCGACGUUCACUUUGACGUUGAGGGCAAGCUGGAAUUCGGGAGGGUCACGCCAGACUACGGAGGUUGGAUCCGUGUAGUGGAGUCGCCUUGGAGUGGUUCCUUUGAUCAUCCGGCGCGUCAUCUUGUUGAUGCACCAUCAUAUGAUCCCCAUGACACCCUGCCGCAGGAAGGCCAGCUCAAGAGGUUGGACGGGAGAGGCCCCAUCCAGUCCGACUCGGCAGAUGGUGUGUGUAGGGGCCUCCUAGGCGAGGAUCCCUAUUUCGCCUCGGCCAGUUUCCAGUCCUCUCGAGGCCUGACACACCUGAAUCUAUCCGACAACCAAAUCUCGUCGCUCGGGAUUCGGAAGUUGCUAACACUUGGCCGCGGACACUUGCAGCAAUUCAGUUGUGAUUCAAUGCCCCUGGUCCCGCCCUCAAAGGCCACUGCGCGAGCCUGGCCGAGGACAGCUAAGUUGUAUGGAUACUUGUACGUGCACACGCUACGGCCCGUGUUAUCGUCAAACUUGCGGGCUGUAAGGCUGCAUCACUCGGUCGUCACGCAGAUCCCGACGCUGGAGAUUGAUGGUCUCUCUACUAUGGCUCGCCUAUAUAUCGCCGAGACCUCGAUACUGCCGCGGUCCGAGAAGGCCUUUGCUCAGGCCCUAGUUCCAGACACAAACCCACGCUUGACGUCCUUGACUCUGACAAGAAUCCCGCGACGGUCCUCCGGCCCAUUGAUCAGUAAACUCAUCAACCUUUUGAAGUUGUUGUCGAUCCAGGAGCGAAUCAUCUCGGAUGCUCAAUCACGCCGAGGACCCUGUACGCUGGCCGGUCUGAGACAUCUGCGGCUCGAGUUUGAGCCUGAUCCCUUCGAGGAGGGCUUCUCCAUGGCCGAGGACUUGGAUGCUGAGGAAUUGUUGAACUCAGGGGAUAAAGGCUUCAGCUUCUUUGAUGAUGAGGUUCAACAGCAGCUCCCGAGACCUGCCUCUGUGAUCGGCCAGCCCCUGAAUUCCAGUCUACCUAUUCAACCUGAGGACGAGUCGGUCCGACACGAGCCCGAAUACCUAAGUGCAGACGUCUCGUUGGAUGAGCAGCUUACCAAGGUACAGGUAUGGAUUGGUCCCAAGGUGAGUGGCAACUCUGUCGUAGGUGAGUAUCGGAGGUUGGUGCUAGAGCAUCACAUCCGCGACCAUAUCGGACCGGCGACACCUGAACAGACACUCGCGGGGAUACCCCCCUCAGCCUUGGUAUUUCACACGGCGUGGUGCAUGGCGGUGAUGCCCCCGACUAUCGAAACGCCGACGCGGACCAACCUUGAGGCUAUGAAGGAUGUCCUAGUCGAGCUGAAACGGUUCCGACUGGAUGGAAGGGCCAAAUACCUGGAGCUGCAGAGGGAGUUUGGCAGCCGAAGAGUACCCCCCGGGUCGCCUCACGGGUUUUGGCUGGGGCGUCUCGAAGUGUCAACUCUGGAGACGAUGCCGCAAAGUAGACCUGCACAGUAUUGGCGGUAG